UUAUACACCUAGUUUCAGCCGGUCUAAUAUGAGGUAUCGUAGAGCUCUGGGUGCCCACCUACAGCUACAAUAUUUUCUUCCUGAUUUAACAACGGCAGGACAUCACUGAUCUGAUGACAGGAGGAGCAUCUCAACGCUAAUAGGCAGUUGAAAAAUUUCAAUGCCCCUUCAUUCACCCUGCCCGGCGCAAAUUCACGUUUACUCACGUCUGUGCAUUGACUUUGUAUGUAAUCUACUCACGCUGAAAAUUUGCACUGCGUCUGGUGUGAACACGGCAUUAGAAUUAAAUUACAGGUCAUGUGCCACUAUGAUGAUGAUGUACACCUCGUAUUUUUAUUUCACCAUGCUUUUAUCUCUUUCUUUCUUCCUACAGGGUCAUCGGUCAUCCAAUCAGCUGACCUGUUUUCCAACACCUCAUGCAACAUGUCCUCUAAUGAUUCAACAUUCUGCUCUCUUGUGGAUGAAGAAGCGGGGGCUGGGAGUUCAUAUAAAGCCCUGGAGAUGUUUUUUAUUGCACUUGUUACUGGAUCUUUGAGCUUUGUGACUGUCACAGGGAAUAUUUUAGUUAUGCUUUCCAUCAAAGUAAACCGCCACCUACAAACUGUCAAUAACUAUUUCUUAUUUUCAUUAGCAUGCGCUGACUUGAUCAUUGGUGCUUUCAGCAUGAACUUGUACACAGUCUACAUCAUUGUUGGCUACUGGCCACUUGGUCCGGUGGUCUGUGACCUGUGGCUAGCUUUAGAUUAUGUUGUCUCAAACGCCUCAGUGAUGAAUUUAUUGAUCAUCAGCUUUGAUCGCUAUUUCUGCGUGACCAAACCCCUAUCGUAUCCGACAAGAAGGACAACUAAGAUGGCAGGACUAAUGAUCGCAGCAGCAUGGAUCCUGUCGUUCGUCUUGUGGGCUCCUGCCAUCUUGUUCUGGCAGUUCAUCGUUGGACAGCGAACAGUGCCACCUGGAGAAUGUUAUAUUCAGUUCCUUUCGAACCCUGCAGUGACGUUUGGGACAGCUAUAGCAGCAUUCUAUCUUCCUGUCAUUAUUAUGACAGUCCUGUACAUCCACAUUUCCCUUGCCUCUAGGAGUAGGGUCUCCAAACACAAACCAGAGAAGAAAGAGAAGAAGGGAAUAAAAACUCCCAGCUUGAUGAAGAGUCACCUGUUAAAGCAGAACAAUAACAAUGAGACCAGUCCUCAGGCCAGUCCCCGCUCUUCUCCCAAACUCAGUCUAGAUUCAACUACCACUGCACUGGAGGCUGUGAAGAAUGGCAGAGUGGAGGAACCAAAACCUGUUCAGGGUCCAGCACAACCCAGUCCAGGACUCACACAGGUGCUAACUCGCACACCGGAGGAAAAAGAGAGCUCCAACGAUUCGUCCACAGCUUUUAUUCCCCCCACCGAACUAAAGGACAACACCAACAAUGAGGUGAUAUCUGAGGCUGCAGCAAAUCCCAUUCCAGUUGCCACGACAGCUGCCAAUCCUGCAGUGUCCAAGAUCAACUGCACCUCAAGGUGGUCCAAGAUAAAGAUUGUAACGAAGCAGGCCGGGGACGAAUGCAUCACAGCUAUAGAGAUCGUUCCCCCUGUAGAGGGAGCCGAGAGACAUUCAAUCCCAAUCAGCCGUCCUCGGACUGUGGCAAGAAAGUUUGCAAGCAUUGCUAGAAGCCAAGUGAAGAGGAAAAGACAGAUGGCUGCCAGAGAAAAGAAAGUGACCAAGACUAUCUUUGCCAUCCUGCUGGCGUUCAUCAUCACAUGGACACCGUAUAAUGUCAUGGUGUUGAUCUCAACCUUCUGCCAGUCUUGUGUCCCUGACACUGUGUGGGCUAUUGGCUACUGGCUGUGUUAUGUCAACUCUACUAUCAACCCAGCUUGCUACGCACUGUGCAAUGCCACAUUCAAAAAGACAUUCAAGAACCUGCUUCUGUGCCAGUAUAAAAAUAUUGGUACAAGAUGAGAUGGAAGGAGAGGACUGAGGAUGGGAUGGAUGGGGAAGGGCAUAAACCACUGCAAGAGCCAGAGGAGGAGAGAGGAAAUAUUGUUGAAAGGUGAGUGGAGGAGAGCUGAAGGAGCUGGAGAAGAGAAAUGGAUGACAGAACUUAAAGGGGUCCAUCUAAAGAGAAGUGGGGGUGAGCAACUCUGGUUUAUUCUGUAAAUGAUUGCCAGUCAUCCCCAUGGUACGAAUAGAUUCAGAGUGGAAUGUGAGUGUAAACCAGUGAUUCUUUAACCUGCCCUGAUCCCUGAUGGAAAUAAUCACCAUGCUGUUAUUUGAUCUAUCUAUGACAGAUGUGUUUCCAGUCUACACUGUGUCACUGCCCUGGUAAUUAUAACAGGCUUUCUGCUGGCUAUCUUAAAUAAGCUGCAAUGAUUCAGACUUGCACUCACACUCAAUUGUAACUAAACAUAAUUCAUAAUAUUAUGCCAUGAAAUAAUGUAUCAAUGCUGUAUGCAUGUUAGUCUCCUCUAUGGAUCAGAUGGAAUGCAUAAAGUAUUGCAAGGUAACUCAAAACGUAUUGCCAUUGAACGCAAAAAACAACAACCUGUGGCCUUUUGGUGGUCAUUGUUAUUUAAGUGUAGGGCUUUGAAAGCAAUUAAACUGGUGGUGAUGUUUAUCUAAAUGUAUAAUUUUUAUAAUGUUUUGAACUGCGAUUCUGAUUGACACUCCAAAUUGUGUGAUUGGUUCUAUAUUAUAGACAAAAAAAUAGAAAUAGAUGAGCUCUACACUGAGAGGAGUGGAGGGAUGACUGGGAGACUUUGACUGCGACUGAAGACCAGGCAAAGGGGAGGAGAGUAAGGAACAGUUGAUAUGGUGGAGGACAGAGGUUUGAAAUAGCAUACCACACACUGUGGCAGCCAUGUUGGAACGCAUCAAUAGCAGCUAAUUGUAGACAAGCUAAUUGUGCUUCUUAACUCUCUCAGAGCUUCUCCUAUUUGAGACAUAUUAGUGCUUUUCCCUAUGACAUCAUGUGAUCAGUUUGUGUUUAGGUCAUUCCAGUUCAUAAACCAUCAAAUAACAAUCUGGUAUGACAACUAUCAACGUCUUGCUUUGAGUGAAUUUGAUUUGCAUACUUGCAUGUUAUAGAACGAUAGAGGUUAGAAACAGUAGUGGCUAAGCUCAGUGUCCUCAAGCAGGCUACUUGCCUAUCGUCGCCUGCAGUUUCAUAGCUAAAGAUGUUAAGUUCUAAAUUCAGAGUAAAAUUAUGAUUGAGGGAUUUCCUAACAGCGCUAACAGAGCUAACAGUGUUUACCUGAGGGGGAACCAGAGGGUGGAUGCUACGUUUAUCACCUGUAACCUCCGUAUGAGAGCAGUGCAGAGUGACCGCCCUGAGCUAGCCAGUAGAGCACGCUCACGUGCACUAACAUGCACUAAAAGCAUGCGACUGGCCGUCUUUGUGAACAAAAAGAGGGGACACUGUGAUAUCAACACACACAGGGAGAGAGACUUCUUUCUCUGCUCAUGUAGACAUUACUCCUCUAUAUCUUUACAUCUUUAUAUAUUUGUUUGAUGAGAUAUUAAUACUCUGAAUUUCUAAUUUAAAACUAGGAGCACAUAUUGUGUUUUAAAAUCAGUCCAGUAGUACGUGGAUUUCUUUGAGGUUUUUCUUUAAUGAGAUUAUUGUGAUGAUAAUCUUAAUGUGGCAUAUUUUGAGAAAAACUAAAGAAAAAUGUUUUUGAGGCAGACAGAGGAAAAAUGAAUGAAAUGUAUUCCUGCUGUUCUCCACCACAGCUGACCGUUAGUGAAGCAUCAUGCUACUGCAUGUGUGUGUUCAGGUCCUCCGUGUUUUAGAUCGACUUUACUAAUUCUGUGGUCACAUCAGAUGGUUGGUUCAGAUUAGGACCGACAUACUGGAUCUCUGAAUGUCCUCUACUGUUUUAUAAUAUUAGAGAAUUUAGUGUACAGCAUUAAGCUAGCUUUUACAGUCACUGAGUUGGUUUGUUUUGCACUAAGCAUGCAAUGAGUUUCUCUUCUAAUGAAAUUCACUUUCUAGCUUCAAAACUAUAAAUACACGAUUUGUAUUGUAUAGUCUAUUGUAUUUGUGUCACUAAAUCCAUCUAAACACACAUUCUUUAACACUUAAUGAAGCGUUUAUGUAUCUCUCCUCCCAUGGUAUAGAGGUAGGGAAGGAACCAAAGACAAAGUAAGAGGAUGGGAGAGAACAUGGGGAGAGAUGCUAAAGAGAAAAUAUCUGGAUGAGAGGAAAUGACUGAGGGAGAGGGUAGAGGGGAUGGGGAAUAGAAAUUUAGGAAAAAGGAAUGAUGAGCUUGUGGAAGAAAAUUAGGCCACAAUGGGAUGCAUUGUUUCAUGCUUUCUACGACAUUGUGCACAUAUUACAUUUUCUGUAGUUCUAAUCACAGCUUUCGUACAGACAUGUAUUGCAUCACAUUGUUUAUUUCUAAACACUAAUCAUUUACAAUAUGGAUAUCACAACAAGUAGAAGAAGUGAAAACAUCUCCCUUUAUUGUCAGUAGUUGUUCUCAGUGAGACACUGGAGACGAGCAGGAACAUUUCACAAGCGUUUGGUGAAUCAUUCUGCUCUUUGCUCUCGUUUAGUCAGAUCAUUUUCACUUGCUUUCUCUCUCUUGUUGGAUUUCUAUUUUUUUGUUUAGCAACAUUAUUGUGGAGCAUUCAUAACCAAAUACAACAAGCAAUUACACUGAAAUUAUAACAUUUUAAGAAAAAUAAUUCUCCGAAAAUAACAGGACAUUUCCAGAUAAUAUAGACUGAACUUUUGUUCUUAAUGUCAGCUGUCCAAGUUGUAAUAACUGCAUAGUGAUAGUACUACUCCACAGUGCAACACCUUCAUCUGCCUUCAUCUCCAUGGAGCCAUGUCCGUCUUCAUCCAGUGUUCACCUGGAUACAAACACAUUUACGAUGUAUGAUCGGAACCCCCGUUCCUCCGACUGUCUCUGUUUUCUGCACCUUAAACUUUUUUCUUCAAGUUCUACCACCAUUUCAACUUCAGAUUUCAUCAUAAAAAAACGUUUUAUUUGUCUUCUCACAAUGAGAAUAAAGCCUGAAUGGACUUGAGAAUGGCUGCUCAGUGUAAAAUGAAGAUAGAGGAGAAAGAGAGUAAGUGGAAAGAAAAGUGAAGCCUGCAGGAAGUGAACAAAGGCAAUCACCAACAGACUUCAGAAAGGAUCAUUAGCUGACGUACUAAACUGACAAGAUUUCAGAACAAAAGGAUGACAGCAGAGUUUAGGGAGAUUAGACUGACUGGAAGAAUGAAAGCUUCACUAGGCACGGUUUUCAUGAGGAGGUCCAUCCAUCAUAAACUGGGCUGUAACAGAGAAGAAUGCCAAACAUUUAUCAAAUUCUUGUACUCUAUGAAACUACUGGUGAACUGAUAUCCUCAAUCUUAUAUUCAGUGCAGAGCCCCUUCAAACUCAACUAAGCGUUUCUCAUUUCCUUGAUAAUAUGGCACACCAAUCAGCAGGAUGACAUUGUUCCAUCAGUGCUCUCUAAAAGCAUUCCAAAUUCAUUUUUAAUAGGAUCGAUAUGACCACUACAGUUAUGAGUAGCUUGGGUUAGGGAACGAUUAAGGAACCUUCAUCAUCAGGGUUAGAAGACCAACUAUCUUAAGCUUGGAGAAUCACCAUUGUCCUGGUUCAGAACAACGUUAGGUGGUCCUGAUGGUCUAGGGUUUGAAGACACAUACCGUCUACUGACCACACCCCCCUGUUUGAGUCUGUGCCCUCCUGUCCUGUCAGCUCCUACCGUCUGUGAGCUAGUGCUGCGCUCAGAAGCCUUCUAACACCACAGUAUUUCAGGGUAGAGGUGUCUUCAGCUCCAUGACUGCUUAUCCCUCUGAGCCCGGCAGAGAGAGCAGAGGUGGUGGAGUGGUGAAGACCCACAGGGAGCAUGGAGAGCUUUGAUGCUGUGGGCGUACAUUAGCUCUGACAAGUAUGAUUGAGGUUCCCUCACCUCCUAUCACAUUGGAACUAAUUGCCUCCCACCUCCAAAGACUUCACAUGAUUGGUUUUCCAUCGUACACCUCUACCAGGAGUUGUUGCUCAUAGCUGGACCCUCAAUACUUUACAUCAACUAAAUUGCUUUCACUGCACCAAAACAUAUCAGAUAUUACCAGAUAAAUCAGUAUUUAUUUUUUUACCUGUCUGUGUUAAGACAACAUGAAACAAUUAAGUGCUUGUGUUAAUUAAGUUUGGCUUAUGUCAUGCUCAAAAUGUGUUCAUAUUCAUCAAAGUUAGUUUUGACAAUGCAAUUAUCUUUUAAAAUCCCUACAACCACAGUGUGUGUAAUCUAUAUUAAAGAUUUGAAAUCCUACUGAGGCGGCUGAUGGCUGAGGCAGUUGUUGGAUUCCUCUCUGUCUACCUUUACCUUACCAGUUCAUCCAGGCACAGUUAGAAAGUAGCAAACAAUAUCUCAGCUCUGUGGCACCGGGGGAGAACAUGAUUGGAGAAGCAGCCACCUUUGGCAGGAGGAGAAACCAUUGGUAAAAAUGUACAUACAAAGGUGACCUUGUUUUCUACAGCAUGAAGGAAAACCAAGAAAAGCAAUGACUUUGCUGAGAACAGUAUUAUGAUAGCUGUUCUCAUCCCAACUCGUCACAUACUGACGCUUUGUUUGACCCAUCACAUUCUCUCUGAGCGUCUAAUACAGACGUGGAUGGGUUACACUGUAGAGUGUCUUCAGUAUUUGAUGGCCUCGGAAUGAGGAUGGGCUGGAUAGAACCAA